AUGGAGAAGGAAAAAGGAGGAGCUGCUGAAGUUGGAUGCGUGCACAAACUAGAGAGUGUGCCAGCGUCCGAACAUGGACGAGUAGAAGAGGAGCGGACGGCGACGACGACAAUCCACGCUCGCGCCCAUGGGAAAGGAGAGGACCAACGGCAGCUGCGCUGGCGAUCCGCGCUCGUGCCCAUGGGACAGCAGAGGAGUUGCGGCGGGCAACAUCCGCAAUCCAUACUUAUGUCCGGACAACACAAGAAGAGUGGGAAGUGUAACUUUGGGCCGAUCCAUUUCCACAUUUCAUUUUGGGCUGCCUGCUGCUUCGACUCCACCGACCACAUCCCGCUCGUCUCCAACAAACCUAAGAACCAGAUCCUGGUGUGGGACCCCGUCACCGGCGACCAGCACCGCCUUGUGGUGCCCCCGGGGGUUGCGGCACAUGCAGAGAAGACAGUGAUCAACGGGGCGGUGCUUCGUGCUCGUGCCGCCGGAGAUGAUGCCCAGCACUUCCAGGUGGUGUUGGCAGUGGCAGACAACGACGACGAGCAACACCAUCGUGCUCUGGCCUGUGUUUACUCGUCAGAGACCGGCACAUGGGGUGAUCUCGUCUCAACACAGCUUCCACCUGAUGUUCUAACGAGUGAUGCUCCCACCUUGGUUUCUACUGACAAGCCUGCUGUGCUGGUUGGGGAUUCCCUCUACUGGAAACUUGCUGGGAAUAUGGAUGGAAUCCUCGAGUUUGAUUUGGAGAAGCAAAGCCUAGCUGUGAUACAGGUGCCGGUGCAUAUCCUUGAAGAGGGCCAGUACAUGUUCUUGAUUAUGCGGGCAGAGGGUGGUGGCCUUGGUUUACUCACCCAGACAGACUGCAGCAUCCAAUUGUGGAAGAUGAACACUGAUUGUGAUGGUGUCGCUUCAUGGGGGCUUGGAAGAACCAUUGAACUGGACAAGCUACUUUCUCUGAAUUCUGAGGAGACUGACAUGUUGAUACCAGGGCUCGAGGAGGAAAAUAAUGUGGUGUUUGUGUGGACAGAUCACAUCGUCUUUAUGGUCCAGCUUGAGUCAAUGAAGUUCAAGAAGCUUUCUGGAACCUACCCCCUUUCUCAUUAUCAUCCAUUCAGAAGUGUCUACGCGGCAGGUAAAGCAUGUCUUCAGAUAUUCAUUGUAACAAAACCAAUUUAAUUUUUGAUAAUUGGUUCAUGGCAUGUAUGGUUCAUCCUUUCCUGUUGAGUUAACAAGUUU